AUGGAAUUCAACAUCAAGUACCACUACCUUCUCGAGCUUGAAGGGGCCAUUCGCCACUUCGGGCCUCCUAAGCUCUUCGAUUCGUCGGUGGCCGAGUCUGCAAACAAGGUCGUGCACCAAGUCAAUAUGCGCACCAACCAUCAAGCUCCAUCGCGGGAUGUGGCGCAGACUUUAGCGAAGACAGCCGCGCUCACCUUUGUCACAGGUGGGGGUCUUUGGCGUCAUGGUGGCCGGGUGUAA